GCCGUUCACCACCGCGAGCGAGCCUCCACCGAAAGCCCCCGCGUUGGACGUGCGGAAGCGUGCAUAGUGAAAGGAGCUUCGAGUAACAGCCCACCCGGUAUUGCCAUCUCUUGCUCAGCGUGGCAAGACAAGGAAGUUUUAUUUAACCGUCCCUCGUUGGGCUUCCCGUCUUUCUCUCUCUUCACAGAACGUCUGUGAGCGACGCGCGGGGAAAGCCCACCGCUACUCUGGCUACCGCAAACGCUGUUCGCGCUGUGACUUACGCGUGCGAAGGAGACCAAGGAUUGAUUGGACAGUGUAGAUUGGGCCAUCGCCGAGAAAAGCGGCGGGGUAUCGCCAUCCGGCUCUUGCCGUACAUGAUGCCAAGUCGGGUUUCAUAGUAGAGGUGCUUCUCCCAGCACGAUCACUGUUUACUGUCACUCCUUCGAGCACAGGCACUUGGCGUGUUUUUCAAGACACGAGUCAUGGCCAAAGUGCAGCUUUCGUGGCUUUUGUUGGCAGCUCUGUGCUUCAGCACCCAAGCCAGCAAAGACUACAACCUUGGUCUCUGCAGCAAGACCUUCUUCAGCUGCCAGUGUGGCACGCCUGGUUACACGCUGCACGUCACAGUGAAACAGUGCUCCUACGUUCACCGGUGGCAGUUCAAGUGCCGGCCGUGCAGCAAUCGUAAGCCCGAAGAAGUGUGCCCUAUGCUCAAGAACUGCAAGGAGUGCGACAGCGACGCCAAAGGCUGCUCUUCGUGUCCUCCGGGCCGUUUUGGACCUUGGUGCGAGGAACGUUGCCAGUGUCAGAACGGGGGAACCUGUGACUCUAUCACUGGGGCCUGUACCUGCCCGCCGUCCUUUGGUGGCACCCAUUGCGAGCUCUUUUCAGGAUGCACGCCGCCUCAGAUAGGCGCCAACGUGCAGGUGACCAUAGACCAUCCUGAGACUCCGACGGUGGCCUACUUCGCCUGUGAGCGCGGCUUCUACCUGCUGGGUGCCACCACUUCCACAUGCCUGGGGAACAGAGCGUGGAGCGAACCAAGCCCUAAAUGCGAACGACUGUCUUUCUGCCCGGACCUUGGCCGCGUGGUUAACGGUCACUUCAAGGAUCGGCGUGUCUCCUUUCCGGGUGGUGGUGACAGUACAUACGCCAAUGGUAGUGCCGUGGAGGUUUUGUGUGACGAUCGUUUUGACCUUGUCGGUGAGCAUGUUCUCGAGUGCAGAGACGACGGGACAUGGUCUGCGAGCCUGCCUGCUUGUGUCAAAGUCUCCGAAAACCAUGUCAACUGCGAAACCAAAGCGCUGGACAUUCUUUCCUCUUACACUGCACCUGUCAGGGCGUAUUGUCCCCCCGGGUGUGCGCAGAGUGGCACGGUGAUCGGAAGUGUGGUCUACCACCAGCUGUCGGCGCUUUGCCGAGCGGCAGUGCACGCGGGCCGCCUGAACGACGCCGGUGGAACGGUGGCACUGGUUGCCAGCGGUAACUUCGCCGACUUCGGUGCAUCGCAGGCCAAUGGCAUCAACAGCGUUGGGUCACGAGAAGCUGCGCCUGGUUUCACUUUCGUUGAAGACAGAACGCCUAAAGUUGAAAAAGGCUGCCGGCCAGGUUGGAAACCAGUGGGGGACACUUGCUUCCUCGCCACACGCCAUAAACUCAGCUAUUUCCGGGCCAAGCAUUACUGCAGGAAUUCUGGAUCGAGGCUGCUGCAGUUCCGUGAAGACGGAUUUCAGGAUUCCUUGCUGGUGCUUCUCAAGGAUUCAAAUGUGGGCCUGUCCUGGGUGCAAGAUAUCUCGGAUGAGGAUGAAGAGGACCUGGCCCAGCAGCGCCGCCGGCGUCGCUCGGGAGGGCACAGCGGCGAGUGCUUCGUAGCUGACCCUGCGUCCGAGAUGCGAGCCAACGCCGUGCGCUGGAACCCCUGUGAGGGGGUUCACGGUGUCGUGUGUGAGAUGGAUAUGGCUCAGUUUCAAGCCCUUUGCGAUGACCCUGGUCCGCUGGUGAACGGCACAGCCGAAGUGAUGAAUCAAGUAGUCACAGGAAGAUUGCUCGAGGGGACGCAGAUUGCCUACCGCUGCGCCGAGCUUCACUACCUGGUCGGUGAGAGCCGCAUCACCUGCCUCCGGAACCGGACGUGGACAGCACCCAAGCCACGUUGCAUGAAAUUGACAACGUGUCUGGAGCCACCGGUACCUCCGUACGGUGAAGUGGAGUACGUAUACGAAGGCGGCAGUGGACUCAAGACCGGCCGACAGCGGCUUCGGCUGUCGCUGAUUACUCUGGACCCAUCUUCAGCGGCGCAACUUCCCAAGGGCCACUACCGAGUUGGCACUCGCGCCACGUUCUCUUGUGUGAACCGCUUCUACACACUAGUGGGAUCUGAGGUGCGCCGGUGUCUGCCUGAUGGAACUUGGACUGGGAGGACCGCCACCUGCAUACCAGUGUGCGGCCGCUCAGACUCGCCGCGUUCUCCAUUCAUCUACCACGGCAACGUGAGCGAAGCCGGCCAGUGGCCCUGGCAGGUGGGUCUGGCCAUGUGGUCAAAACACGAGAAAGCCUGGGACCUGCAGUGCGGAGGCGCGCUGCUCUCUGAGAGUUGGGUGGUCACGGCAGCGCACUGCGUGGCCAGGGACCGCCGUGGUAACCUGCAUGCGCCAAAGGACAUGCGCCUCUACCUUGGCAAGUACCACCGAGACGAUAGCCUGGACGACGCCUUCGUGCAAGUGCGAACGCCUCAGGAGAUUCACGUGCACGACGAUUACGAUCCGGUGAAGUACGACGCGGAUAUCGCCAUGGUGCUGCUCGAUCGACCGGUGGAGCUGAGCAGUCGGGUGCAGCCUAUAUGCCUGCCAAGCGAGAGGACAUCGCAGUCGAACAUCGUCGAUGGCCACCUGGGCGUGGCGACCGGUUGGGGCCAGACGGAGAACAGGAGCUACGCGGACGUACUGAGACAGGCCGUGAUUCCGGUGGUGUCAGCACAAGAGUGCGAGCGCGCCUACCGCGAGGGCCGCUUUCCCCUGACGGUCACGUCCAACAUGUUCUGCGGUGGUUACGUCAAGGGACGGAUCGACGCCUGCACCGGAGACAGUGGUGGCCCCUUCGUCUUCGUCGACGAGUCAGUUGCCGACAAGCGCGUCUGGGUCCUGGAGGGCAUCGUCAGCUGGGGAGGACCCCGAGGCUGCGGAGCGCCGAACCACUUCGGCGGAUACACCAAGGUUGCAGCGUUCAUAGAAUGGAUACGACAGUUCCUGUAAAGUGUGUACUAUACGUCAAGGCCGAGAAGCGCACUGUGGAUCAGUGGAUCAUUUACUGAGGACGUUGAUGGGAGGAUAUCUCAAGGUGUUACGAGAAUACAUGUCAGGGCGGUGGACGGGCAGCAGACUGACGGACUCGCUAAAGGCGUCUCUCGAAAGACCUCAUGAGCGGCUUCAGCACCUUAAGCCUCUUUCCCUUUACCCCAGCGUUGGGUAGCAAACCGGGAAUGUGCCUGGUUAACUUCCCUGCCUUCUCUCUUGUUAUUCUUCCUUGCUUUCCUAAGCCUGCCAUCAGCAGUGCAGCUGGAACGUAACUUCAUUUUGAAAGAUUUUUGUCGAAUAUGAGUAAUUAUUUUUAUAAUUGGUGUGUGUCUCGCAAGGAUUGAGUUUUAUUGAAGUGAAGAUCGUUAUGACUCACAGAUUUAGCGGGUGCAAAAAAAACAAAAAAAAAACCACAGCCAUAGUGAUUUUACACAAAGGUAGCCUUCGAAGGUGCACCUGACAAAUACACAUUUGUAUGCGUCAUUUCUCAUUAACCCGUGUUCUAGAAUUCCUGGGCUUGUCAUCAAUCAGCUGCGUCUUAAUGGCAGGUCUGUUACCAAGAUAAGUUUAAUUUCACACUGCCGCAUCUCGUUGUUAGCUGGAUUCGGAAAGUGAGUUUCUGCGGCUGCAUUUUCGAUGGAGGCGGAAAUGUUGUAGGCCCGUGUGCUCAGAUUUGGGUGCACGUUAAAGAACCCCAGGUGGUCUAAAUUUCCGGAGCCCUCCACUACGGCGUCUCUCAUAAUCAUAUAGUGGUUUUGGGACGUUAAACCCCACAUAUCAAUAAAUCAAAUCAAAGUGAGUUUCUGAGCUCGAUGCUCACAGCAUAUUCCCGCUCUCAUACUUUGCCCGAAAACAGUGAAAGCCGUUUUCCUUCGCCUGGUAAUAGGAAGAAAAAAAGGAAAGCAGAAUUAGGAGGUCUGGUUGUUGGACCGCCUUUCCCUACAACAAAAGGGUUCGUGAACGCAACUGUAGAAGCUACCUGGCAGAGCAACGUACACCGAGUAAAAUGCCUCUCAAUUGUCAUGCGCGGUUCGCUGUCACUGGGCAAAAAUUAGUAAAGGCUCAUAUGCCCAUCACUCGACACCCGCAUACCUAUGAGCGGGAACUACACAGCCGAUGUGUGUGUCUGCUCGCACAGCUCGUGAAACUUAAGCAAAAGCCAGCUGGAGAACACAGACUGUAACCGUAUUCUACUGCUAUGUGUUUCAUUCCAUGAUUGCUUUAAGGCAACAAAGACCUAAUCAAAUACGUUGCUUACCGACCCAGAGAAACAAACAGUCAAUCAAUAUAGAAAAAUAAUAAUGGCUGGGUAUGGCCACCAUCUAAACACCUAGGUUGACGCACAUCUGCGAAAUUUUGAUUAUGUUCUAUUUUGAAUGUUUUUUGCUACGUACUGUAAGAUGGAAGUUCAACGAGGGACACUAGGGACACUGAUCGUAAGAAGAGCUGUGUACACGUAAGUACCCAGCUACAGUGUAGCCUGAAGCGCCACUAUAAGAGCUUCCCAACAGUACACAGUUUUGAAUAAAAGUAAAAAAAUCCGAAGUGCAAAUUGGAGCAUAUUUUGCUUCCAAUCAAAAUAUGCCUCUUUAAAUUUUCUGGGAAGUUGAUAAGACUAUUGGAGUUCGUGUACUGUAUGUCUCUGUGCAGAGCCUACUUUAAAAAGCAACAUUGUUUUAUUAUCCACUGA